AUUUUUGCAGAAAACCCCCUUCAUUUACGCGCAUCCUCCUCCACCUUAGCGCUUGUCCCCUUCCUGGAGAUCUCACGCACCGGCGAGCGAGCGGGCGCGCGGCGGAGGCAUCUAGAAGGUCCCGAACCACCCCCGAUGCUCUUCCGGAAGCGCAUCAACUACGUGGCCCCGAUGCUCGCCUCCGCCGCCAUCCUGCUCCUCCUCCUCUCCGGCUACUUCGAGCUGCCCUCCAUCUCCUCGCUCUCCACGCCCGCGCCCCUCCUCCCCGGCGCCGGCGCCACCCGCUUCCCCACCGCGCUUGACUCCGUCGGCUCCCGCGACCGGGACCCCUUCACCUCCCUCCUCGAGGCCUUCAACGCCUGGGACGCCGCCGUCGGGUGCCCCCGCAUCCGCGCCAAGCUCGCCGCCGCGGAGCUGCCCGCCGCCAACGCCACCGUGGAGGCCUCCGCCUCCGCGGCCCUUACCGGCGGCGCGGCGUGGGGCGGGGCCAGGUGCGAGGAGCUUAAGACGCGCCACGUCGGGGUGCUAGUCAAGGGGUGGACAUGGAUCCCCGACGCGCUCGACGGGGUCUACACGUGCCGCUGCGGGGUCAGCUGCGUAUGGAGCAAGUCCGCCGCCGCCGUCGACCGCCCCGACGCGCUGCUCUUCGAGGGCGCUACGCCGCCUCCACAGAGAAUGAAAGGACUGCCUCUUCGUGUUUAUCUGGAUCUGGAGGCUAGUAGAAAGCCAACUGGUUUUGAGGACAUUUUUAUAGGUUACCAUGCGAAUGAUGAUGUGCAAAUAACAUAUGCUGGAAAAUCAUUUCACACCAGCCGGAGCUACCAUAUGUCAACUGAAAAGAGAAAUGAUGCUCUUAUUUACUGGUCAUCUUCAAGGUGUCUCCCUCACAGAGACAAGGUUGCAAAAGACUUCCUCUCAUUGGUGCCUUACCAUUCCUUUGGCAGAUGUUUGAACAAUGUUGGUGGUCCCGACAUGGCACUAUCCAUGUAUCCAGUGUGCUCCACCAAUGAUAAUGGCGCACCACACUGGUGGGAUCACCUGCACUGCGCAAUGUCACAUUACAAGUUUGUUCUUGCAAUUGAGAACACCAAGACGGAAAGUUAUGUGACCGAGAAGUUGUUCUAUGCUUUGGAGGCUGGAUCAGUACCCAUAUACUUUGGGGCACCCAAUGUCUGGGAUUUUGUUCCUCCCAACUCUAUUAUAGAUGCUUCCAAAUUCAGCUCUCUGAAAGAACUGUCAUCAUAUGUGAAAGCACUUGCAAAUGACCCUGUAGCCUAUGCAGAAUACCAUGCAUGGAGGCGCUGUGGUGUUCUAGGUAACUUUGGUAGGGCCCGUGAAAUGAGCCUUGACACACUGCCUUGCCGACUCUGUGAACUAGUUAGCAAGAGAGGUGGCAAGAGUGCAGAUGCGUUGUGAUUGGUGGGUGAUUUUUUUGGCUUAUAGUAUACCUUGGUGGAGAACUGAAUGACUUGCAACUGAUAUGUGAAAUGCCAAUGUGACGUCAAAGUGCUCAUGCUGUUCAGUUCAAAAGGUGCUCACGAUAUUUGGGUGAAGAUCACAUUGUCAGAAGAAAAUAGUGGAAGAAUUUUUUAUUAUUUUUGACCCUUCUCUUUUACCUUCAGAGUUAAGAGGUGUGUACAGUUUUUGGACUAGAGGCUCAUGUUUUCAGGCAGCAAAGGAUAAAUAUGCUGUGUUCGGUAUGGUACGAGUCAUGUAGACAUCUAUUAUACAUCAAUACAAAGCGAUUGAGGAAAUUUGAUCACGGCA